UUUUUAUCGUUUUCUGUUCCAAUUUUAUAUCAACAGUGUUAUUAUUUUAAUAAAUAUUUUUUCUUUUUUAACAAUGUUUUUGGUAGGUGUUUUUAGACAAAAUUUUAUUCUCCGAUUGUUUAACUUAGAUUUAUCAUUUCAUAAGCUUUCAAGUUAAUUUCACUAUUUUCUCGAUUAAUUUCUUCAAAACACCAUUUGUAAUUUUGUAUUGAUAAAAUCCAUAAAUCUUAGUUGAAAUGGAUGAUAGAGUUAGAAUAACUGUAUUAGGAGCUGGUUGUGAAGUUGGUAGAUCAUGUGUAUAUGUUGAACGUGAGAAUUCAUGUUUAAUGUUUGACUGUGGUUUACACCCGGCUCUUUCAGGUGUUGGAGCUCUUCCUGUGUUUGAAGCUGUUGAUAUUUCGAAGGUUCAAGUGUGUUUGGUGACUCACUUUCAUCUUGACCACUGUGGCGCAGUUCCUUACCUCCUCAGCAAGACCAAAUUCAACGGUAGAAUUCUCAUGACUCCAGCAACCAAAUCCAUUUGCCACUUACUUUGGACUGAUUACGCGAGAAUGGAACAAUUAUUAACCGUAAAAACUAUUUUUAAUGAUGAUGAUGAGAGUAUGGAUGAAUUGGUAUGUGGUUCUGGGUUAUAUUCAUUUGAGGAUGUUGAGCAUGCCUUGGACCGGAUUGAAACGAUAGAUUUUCAUCAGGAGAUUACCGUUAAUGACAUGAAGAUAUCGUGUUACAGAGCUGGCCAUGUGCUUGGUGCUUGUAUGUUCUUGAUUGAGAUUGGUGGUGUUCGUAUUCUGUACACUGGUGACUAUUCUAUGGAAAAGGAUAGACACUUGCCCAGUGCUGAAAUCCCUCUCACUAAUGUCCACUUGUUAAUAUCUGAGAGUACUUAUGGGAUUCGUGUCCACGAGGAACGAAGUCAGAGAGAAAUGCGGUUUCUUCAUGUUGUUAUGGACAUAAUAAUGCGUAAUGGGAAGUGUCUUUUACCAGUUUUUGCACUUGGAAGAUCACAGGAAAUUUUACUAAUUCUUGACGAUUACUGGGAAAAUAACAAACAAUUACAUAAUGUGCCCAUUUUUUAUAUCUCACCCCUUGCUUCGAAAUCGUUAAAAGUUUAUGAAACUUUUGUAGGACAGUGUGGUGAAUAUAUUAAACAAAGUGUGUAUAAUGGAUUUAAUCCUUUCAAUUUUAAGUUUGUAAGAUACGCGAGAUCAAUUAAACAAAUUCGUAACUAUCUAUUACGCGACGGACCUUGUAUAAUAAUGACAUCUCCUGGUAUGUUACAGGGAGGGCCAUCACUUGAGGUGUUUGAGCUUUUGUGUCCUGAUAACCGUAAUGGUGUUGUGCUUACAGGUUAUGCUGUUAAAGGAACUCUGGCUGAUGAACUUAAAAAAGAUCCAGAACUUAUUAAUUUAGGAACUAAAGUUAUUAAGCCAAGAUGUAGUGUUGAGCAGAUAUCAUUUAGUGCUCACGCUGACUAUAAUCAAACCAAGGGCUUUAUAAAGAAAUUAUCCGUUCCAAAUGUCAUUUUAGUUCAUGGUGAACGUAAUGAAAUGAAACGUAUGAAAGAUAAAUUAGAGGAGGAUAUACCACAAUUAACGGUAUUUAUGCCUGAAGUAUUACAAGAAGUUACAUUGACAUUUACUCCUCAAUGUUUUAUCGAUACCAUUGGAUCACUCUCAUCAGACUUACAACUUUUAGAUUCCACUACUCUUGGUGGUGUUUUUAGUGUUUUAGACGGUAAUAAAGAAAUUGAUGAGGUAGUUUCAGCGGUGCUUUUGAAGGAUAAAGAUGAACGUAUUAUUUAUAGUGACGAUGUUAAAGAGUUUGAUAAUCUGUCAAUAAACGCUUUGAAUCAAAAAAUGUUUUUUACAUUCCCUCACAAAUUGGAAUACUUGGUAAAAGCUCUCAAAUCGGUUUAUAAUAAAGUUGAGUUAAUAUCUGAAAAUGAAGCCAAUGUUCUAGAUCAAGUUAAACUAUAUAAACCAAAUAAUCAGUUACUACUCACAUGGGAGUCUGGACCAGUAUCAGAUUUUAUAGCGGAUAGUAUAAUUUUAAUGGUGAUCAAGUUAGUGACGAGUAAUGAUAGUGUAAUGGAAGAAGUAAAAGUAAAUAGUUCUAUGAACAUUGAGGAAUCUUUUUUAAAGUUUACAGAAAUACAAUUGUUACAAAAGUUUGGAACCUCCCUGGAAAAGGAUGAUAGGAUUUUAAAGUAUAAGUUGAAAGAUGAUGAAUUAAAAGAGGUUUAUUUAACAAUUAAUCUGGGAUUAAGAGAGGUAAUGUCUGAAGAUGAAAAGAUAAAAAGAAACAUAAUGGAUAUUAUUAACCAUUGUAAACAACACACUACGUCCAAUCAUAUUUUAAUAUAACUAAUUUAUUC